AUGCCUCACCCUAUAUUCAUGUACUCUGCUCUCGGCAUGGGCCUCAUCUUAGGAGGCUUCGGCCUCAAUGGCAGUUUCCGACCAGACGCACAUCUCGUCGCGCUGGGUUUCCCAGCACACACCGACCCAAAAGCUCAGAAACUCAAUUACGCUCUGAUGCGGAUCUGGGGCAUUCGCAACAUCGCGGUAUCUGCACUGGUCACGUUGAUCUGGAGCACCGGCAAUGAGCGACUCAUGGCGCAAGCACUAUGUGCCGUGCUGCCGAUACCGAUUGUUGAUGGGUUUGUUAGUCGGGCGCUUAUUGGGGGUGGAGAGGGACAGCAUUGGUCGUUUCCGCCAGUGAUGGUGGUCGUUAUUGCGGGCUUGUUCGGGUUCUUUGAUUAG